AUGAAAUUCACGCCGGCCCCGUGUGUAAAUACUGAUUCUUUUCCCUCAGGCAUUGGUCUUUCUAUUGUAUCUUGCCUGGUUCAGACUUCUGCGGCCCGAGUAUAUAUCCUUGGACGUCGGUUGCCUAUUCUCCAAGAUGCUUCUCAGAGAUUAGGAAAUACCGUAAUCCCUAUUGAGUGUGAUGUAACCAACCCAGACUCUGUCUCUAGCGCUGUAUCCUGUAUCGAACGACCAGACUAUAAGGGAGCCAAUAUUGCAACAACUAUCGAUGAAUUACAGAGAAGUCUACUAAAUACCUGGUCUGGUUGGGAGGCUACCUUUGCUGUUAACUUGAGUGCAGUGGUAGGAGUAUCAGCUGCUUUCCUGAAACUUUUAGAUGAAGGAAAUAGAAGACGCGGCUGGCCAGCUGAAAAAACAAGCCUUGCUCCUAGUGAUACUGUGGAUCUGGAGGAUAAACGUAGUAGUCAGAUUAUUACUGUGGCUAGUAUCGCAGGAUUAAAUCAAUAUAUUACUGCGGGAUUGUCAUAUAGUGGCAGUAAAGCAGCGGCCAUACUGCUGGCUCAUUUGUUGGCCCCAUGGGGAAUCAGAUGCAAUGUUAUCAACCCAGGAAGUAUGGUUUCCCCUAGAAGUCUGGGUCCUUUUGCUUUUUAUCCAUCUGAUAUGAGUGUCGGCACUAAAGAUACUUAUAGCUACAAUGAUGUCCCGGCAGGGCGGAAGGGGGAUUUCCAGGACGUUGCCGGAGUUGUUCUCUAUCUAAUUUGUAAAGCGGGAGCAUAUGCCAAUGGAAACAUGCAAAUUACCGAUGGAGGAAGACUGUCAGUUAUGCCUGCCACAUACUAG